AUGGCGUCGAUGCUUCAAAAGCUCGUCAGAAAAUCGCCACCAACAAGACUAAUUGCUGCUUUGGGUACACAGACCUCACAAAAUCCCUUAAAACCCUACAUUCUUCACCAGCCGCUUGAUUUUGAUAAGAAACCAGAUCGGCAUUGCGAUUCUAAUUUGAACUCUGUUUCUACUUCGAAUCCAUCUCACUUUUCCCUGUUUUACCCUAGUUUUCCAUUUGGGUUUUGCUUGCCGCAAAUCUCCUCAUCUGGGAUGCUUCCGUUCGAGCCCGAGUUUGUUGAACAAGAUGAUUCUAGGAAAUUGUGGGCCGAUAGCGUGAAGAAGAAGAGGAAACGGAAGAUGAACAAGCAUAAGUACAAGAAGCUUAGGAAGCGACUCCGAAGACAGACUUAG